AUGAAACAGUUUUCUUUGACUUUGUAUUAUUACUCUCCAAAAUCUUAUAAUUUUUGUAGAACUAUACUAACUCUUCUUCAUCCGUCAUCUAUCACAAAUUGGACUUCUUCAGUGAAAGCUGAUCCAGGUUUUUUAGAAGAAGUAUUUGAGUAUUUAAAGAAAAUUCCAGAUGGUGAUAAAGAUUGGUACUGUGAUUUUGGAGGUAUACAGGUUGAGGCACAUGAGACCCCUGCAACCGAAACAUUAGUUUUUAUGCUUGUUGAUCUCAAUGGCAAAUGGAAAUGGCUUAUUGGCUACUUCUUACAAUCGAAAAGUACAGCAUCAGUACAAGCAGGAUAA